AUGCUUGAGGUCGAAGCUGAGGACGUUGACUUUGAUAAACCACUUUUGACGGAGUUGGAUAUUGACGUAAAAUCAAUUGCCCAGAAGAUGAAGGCGGUUCUGCUACCCUGCGCCCGUUCUGGCCUGGAUCCUGCCUCAGUCCGAGAGAACCCUGACUUUUGGGGCCCUCUGACAGUCGUCACGCUUUUUUCCCUUGUUUCACUUUUCGGUCAAAUGAGGGUCGUCGCCUGGAUAAUCACUAUCUGGUUGGCAGGAUCUUUUCUCGUAUAUUUUGUAACGCGUUCAUUGGGAGGCGAGGUUGCCUAUGCUCAGUGCCUUGGUGUAAUCGGAUAUUGUCUCUUGCCACAGUUCAUUAUGUGCGCCGUUGGAUCUCUGCUCAGUCUAGGAGGUCUAAAUAAAUUAGGAAUAUUUAUUGAUUUGAUCGGAACCCUUUGGUCCGCCUACAGUGCAGGAAAACUUCUCUCAAUGGAGAACCUUCAAAGGCGCUGCAGUCUAGUCGCUUAUCCCGUUGGACUGCUUUACGUCUACUUCUUAUCCCUUUACACCGGGGCGUAA